GAUGUCUGUAGGCGCUUCAGUACCAGUGUCGAAGCCGAUGAAAUAAAUUGUCUCUGUUAGCUGACCAAUCAGUUAUCCCUUAUUGAGGGUAAAAGACAACCAAAUGAGCGAAGAGCGCAGACAAAGUGGGAAGAAGGGCCCCACAAUGUUUCUGUAGGGCGAACUGCUGUCAAGUGCAUUUGUAAUUGCAGUAAAGAGAUUGAUAAGAUUGACUGAACCGCGAUUGUUCUACACGCAACUCUACCAAAAUCAGAGUCUGGGGAAAAAAAGGAAGCUUCACUACAUGUUAACUACCUGCACAACAUAAAACUCUGCAUUGUUUCCUUGAAACCUGAAAGAAUUUUUUGAAGUCUACCAAGUCAACAACGCGACGAACUUUUUUGACACUGGUUUGCAAUUUCGGCGUUUGAUCGGGUUUCAAGCACAGGUGCCCCUCCGCCGGUUUUACGCCACCCGCGUACCCCGCGAAAGUAGAAGGGAGAAAAAAAAAGAAGAAAAAAGAAAAAGAAAAAAAGCUACACAAUGUCGCCCGCGACCGUGACAAUCGACACGACGCCCGACUUUAGCAAUGGCGGCGCACCACACAGCACACUCCUCCUUGCACCGCCCGCCAUGGCGGCGCAGCAGGACGCCAUGGCCGCCGCGCUGACGGACGCGGCCCCGCUCGGAAGCAGGCCGGAGCUCUACAUGCUGGACCGGCUCGCCGCGGGCCUGACGAACCUCGCGCCCGCCGCCUACGACCUCGUGCUCGUCCUCGCGUCCGGCGCGGACCCGCUGCUCUCGCGGCGCGACGUCUUUGCCAAGAUCGCCGACGCAAUGAAGCCCGGCGCCAAGCUGCGCUCCCGCGACGGCUCGCCGCUCGACGCCGCCAUCGCCAAGGAGGCCAUCCUGGCCGGUUUGGUCGAGAGCGCAGAGGGGGCCUACGAGAAGCCUGCCGAGGAGGUGGCCGCCGUGCCGCUGAAGUUUUUGAAAAAGAAGAACAAGGGAGAGGGCGGCGGUCCUGUGCAGAGCCCCGCUGCCGCUACACAACCAACUGCGCCGGCGCCGGCCGCUGCUGCAAAGUCUCUACCAAACGGCGUGGUGAUGGUGGAUCUGAAUGACGACUUUGACGUGUCGGACGACGAGAUGAUCGAUGAGGACGAACUCAUGACGGAGGAGGAUCUGAUGCGCCCUAUCCAGCAACCCCCCGAGUGUGCCCCCAAGCCUGGAAAGAAGCGACGCGCAUGCAAAGACUGCACGUGCGGCCUGGCCGAGCGCCUCGAGGCCCAAGACAAGGCGAGGCGUGACAAGGCCGACAAGCAGCUGCAAGAGAAGGCAGCGACGCCCUUCAAGCUCGCUUCCGAGGACCUCAACGAGCUCGACUUUACGGUGCAGGGCAAGACGGGCUCUUGCGGCAGCUGCGCCCUCGGCGACGCCUUCCGCUGUGCAGACUGCCCUUAUAUCGGCCUCCCGGCGUUCAAACCCGGCGAGGAGGUGACGAUACUCAACAACGUAGCGCAGCUGUGAAAAUGGGAAUCUUCUUUUGUGGUGUGGCUUUGAUACCUUUUCUGUGGGGGUUUCGUUGGCAUUGCAGCUCCAGCGACAUAUAUAGAGGAGCGGCAGGUUUGGGGAGUAAAGGCGUUCUGGGUUGUUAAAUGAUACGAAAACGCAUUGUUAAUUUUAAGUUGUUAUUUCUACACCUGAAACUCAUGGACCAAAACCAACUCAAGUUCUUGCUGGCAGCUAAUGUCCUGGUUUUUAAGCAUGAGCUGAACAAAUCACAAACAGAGAUAAUACCCUCAAAAACAAGUACACUGAGAUCAG